GGCCAUCGAACAGUGAAGGAGCUGGCAAAGUCAGCCUCUUGAAGAAAGUACCAGCACUAAAGGACGGAGACUUCACCCUAGCAGAAUGCACUGCCAUUCUGCUGUAUCUGAGUCGAAAGUACAACACUCCCGACCACUGGUACCCGUCAGACAUACAAAAACGGGCCCAGGUGGAUGAAUACCUCUCAUGGCAUCAUGCUAACAUGCGGGCUAAUGCUCCUAAGACCAUGUGGAUCAAGGUGCUGAUUCCCCUCUUCACAGGGCAGCCACUGCCUUCCGAGAAGCUCCAGGAGGUUAUGGAGGGGCUGUCCACUUCCCUGAAGCAAUUUGAGGAGAGGUUUCUGCAGGACAAGGCUUUUAUCAUUGGGAGCGAGAUCUCCCUGGCGGAUCUCGUGGCCAUUGUGGAGCUGAUGCAACCUGUUGGAGUUGGUUGCGACAUCUUUGAAGACAGACCUAGGCUGUUGGAGUGGCGCAGGCGGGUGGAGGAUGCUGUGGGGAAAGAGCUUUUCUUCCAAGCCCACGAGAUGAUCCUCAAUAUCAAAGAACUGAGCAACAUUCAAAUUGAUCCACAGCUGAAAGAGCAUCUGGCACCUGUCUUGAUGAAGAUGUUGAAAUGAAUUAACCCAUUUUACCAUUUUUCCUCCCUUUGUUUUUUUUAAUUUCUUCUCUGACCUCCAGUUCCACGCAUAACUGGAAAGAGCACUGUAAUUCUAACACAGAAAUUCCAGAGUGUUUCCCCCCCUGCCAGGCCUUUCCUGUAUCUUUGGGGGUGGAAGCUGUGGAAGGUUUAAGACCUGAAAUAUU